AUGAUGUUGGAAGGAGGGGCAGACAAAGAUCUGCCAGACGAAGAGGGUGCGACAGCUCUCAUCAUGUCAUCCCAGGAAGGCCACAAGGAGAUCGUUCGGUUGCUGCUGAAAAACCGGGCAGAUCCACUGUUGACGGACGAUUGCGAGCGAACCGCUCUUAUGCAUGCAGCGGCUGCUGGCCACUCAGACAUUGCUCUCUGGCUUUUGCAGGCAAGAGCAGACACUAACAUGACGGACGAGGACGACGCAACAGCUCUCAUGUUUGCUGCUUCAAGAGGGGAGAACGAUAUUCUAUGUGAUUUGUUGAUUGCAAAAGCUGGCAUGGAGUUUGUCGACAAGAACGGCGAAACAGCUCUCUGCUCUGCAGCCCGCAAGGGACACACUACAGCCGUGGAGUGCCUGUUGGUGUCCAGAGCGAAUGUGGAUCACAGAGAUGUCAAGGGCUUCACGGCUCUCCAGCAUGCAGCUCAGUCAGGCUACCAUGAGAUUGUGCAAUUGCUGCUCGUCGCAGGAGCUGACAAGGAGAUAGUCGUAACCGAGAGCGUUUCUCAGGUUCUUCAAGUUGAACAGACAAGACAUUCGACUUGA